AUGAACAACCACCUCCGCGCCGCAUUAAGCGCAGCCCGGCUCCGGUGGGCUCCUGGUGCCCUCGACAAAUCCUCCAGAGUGCCGCCGUGCUGUGCUGCCAGUUGGCGGCAUGUACAAGGAUCAUUCCCGGCAUCGGGUCGGGUUGCUCCGAGUGACCAUCGGAUUCAACGGCGGCUCUAUUCAGCUGCUCCCCUCCACAGCGAGGGGGAAACCUUGGUGGAUGAGGAGGAGGACGAGGUGGAUCGGAAGAUCAGGCAAAUGGAGAGGAGGCGGGAGGUCCGCGCCGCGCAGAAGACGUUCAUGGAGUACCUCCAUGUCACGCGCGGCAUGUGCUUCAGCGACGCCGAGCAUAUAAGCAAGCGCUCGCCUGUUUACCUGAGCAAGCUGCUGGAGGAGGUGAAGGAUGCCCUGAAGGAGCCCCCGGAGGGGGGAACCGAGCUGGUCUUCAGGUCCAAGGUGAAGAAGAGGGACAUGAAGGAUGAAAGGGUCAGCAAGGCCCUGGUGCGGUUAUUUCAAUUCAAUCCUGUCAACGAGUUUGAGCCCUUCUUGGAGAGCAUUGGCCUCAGACCGAGCGAGUGCAGUGCGUUCUUGCCUCGGGAUCUCAUGUUUCUCACGGACGAUGAGAUGUUGCUCGGCAACUUCCGCCUGCUUUGCAAUUACGGCAUUGCGCGCAGGAAGAUAGGGAGGAUAUACCGGGAUGCUAUGGAGGUCUUUAGUUUUGGCCAUGGUGUGCUUGCAUCUAAGCUGAAGGCCCUUGAGGAACUUGGGUUCAGUAGGACCAGUGUGAUCAAGCUCGUAAUUGCUACUCCUGUUGUAUUGGUUCGUGACCCGAAUGUGGAAUUGAAGAUCCUGGAGUGGCUAGACGACAUUGGGAUCCAGCGGGACUGGAUUAGUCAGUUCUUAUCUGCUAGGAAGUCUUAUGAUUGGAGAAAGAUGGUUCGAGUUCCCCAGUUCUUCGUUAACUUGGGAUUUACUAAGGAAGCUGUUGGUAAAUUGGUCAGGCAAAAUCCAGAUUUCUUGCUGGAUGGUUCAGGAAAGAUGCUAUUUACAGUGGUUCUCAUGAUGCUAAAAGCGGGAUGUGGAAAAAAAGAGCUGUAUGAUCUUUUUAUGGACUUCCCAAAUGUGUCGGUCGAGGAUUUCACAAGUAACCUACGGAGGGGAAUGCUGUUCUUAGCUGAGAUUGGCAUAAGCCAUGAGGAUGUUAACAAGUUUGUUCUUUCUCAUGGAUUAAUCCUUGGUUCUGCCCCAUUGAAGAUGCCAAACAGCAUUGUUACAAAUCUCAAUGUGGGAAAGAGGCGCCUGCGCAAGAUUAUACUGGAGGACCCGAAACUGUUGAUGAGUUACACAUUAGGGUCAAAAGUCAGCCAGCUACCAAAAAUUGACCCCUUUGAAGCAUCAUUCAAUGAGAGAAAAAAAUUCUUGAAAAGCAUAGGAUUUGUUGAAGGCUCUGAAGAUAUGAAGAAGGCACUCAAAACCUUCCGUGGCAAAGGUGACGAACUACAAGAUCGGUACGAGUUCUUAGUGAACAAUACUGGGUUGGACCCAAAAGAUGUAGUAAACAUGAUCAAGCUGGCUCCACAGGUUCUGAACCAGAAGAUUGAUGUGCUCGAGUCAAAGAUAUCCUUCCUUAUAAAUCAUUCAGGGUAUACUCUGAGUGACAUGGUUGCUUUCCCUGCUUGCCUGUCAUUUACCGUGGAAAGAACCAAAGUCAGGAUUUUCAUGUACAAUUGGCUGCUAGAAAGGGGGUUGGUUACAUCCCGGCUGGCUUUAAGCACAAUCCUAGCUUGCUCAGACAAAUAUUUCAUGAGUUAUUUUGUGAAAAAGCAUCCCAUGGGACCUGAAGUUUGGGAAAACUACAAGAGGGAAGUAGCUAAGGCCAAAAACAUGCCUUGCAGUUGA